CUCAUGGAGACUGUGUCCGCCAACGUGCAGAUACAGUAAAAAAUUGAACAUUGUUUACCACAUUGCGCUUUUAGUUGUUUUAUUGCGGGUUUUUUAGUUUUCCAUGCGAUGUCAGAGUUGGCGUGCUGUCCAUAAAGGCUCUUUAUCGGAGUGCUGGCAGUCAUUGUGUUUUGCCGAUAUAUACGCGAGCGGAAUAGUGUCCGCCAUACAAUCCUGCAGCUGCGCGCUUUUUGAUAUGUGAGUGUCUUCGGGAUUCAAGUACACUACAGCAGCAGGUCGGGGUACCUGGACAUAAGCCAUGAGUAGCAGAAAAGAUGAUGAUAACCUCCUGAGAAUGACAAAGGAUGACCUGCUGCGCUGGAUCCAGGCAGAGGUGGACCAAAACCCUCAUCUGAUGCAGAGACGCGAACAACUGGCGCAGGUAGAGGACUGGGUGAAGCAGAAGGAGGGGGAAGCCACUUACACCCGCCUUCUGUACAGCAAUGCUUGCGAGUCGGUCCUUGAGUGCGAGUCCGUGAUGAAGGGUCUUUAUGGAAUGAUGGGACUCGAAUACCGAGAUGAAGAUUCGGAGGACGAAGGAGGGGGAAUACCACUGGACAUCCUUCAGGUUACAGAUGAAGUGGAGGAUAAGCAGAAAAAUAGUGUGCUAAAUGGAGAUGAUGACGAUAUCAUUGUCAUUGAUCUGGGAGCCACCAAAGAAAACUUGGAACCAAUGCUUGAAAAGGUGACUGUGGCCUAUCAGAAGUCCUCCAGACUCAUUCAGGAUUUAGUCCAGAUGGUAAACAAAACUUCCUCCGUGAGUUCUGCAUCACCGUCAUCAUCUGACAUCUCUAACAGACCCUCGUCAGCUUCGACCCCUGAGACCAGCUGUUCUGAAUUGGUCGCACCAAAGCUGGAAAUACAGGAAAACCCAAUUGGGAUCGUAAGGAAUGAAUCUCUACCGAAAGCACCUGAAAUGUCCUCGCUUCUCAGCAAUUCGGAACAAUACAAACCUGUUGCUGGUUAUAAGUCAGAUUCUAAACCAACAAUUAAGACUGAACCACAACUGACAGCAAUAACUCCUUGGGAAAUGAACAUUUCAAAAGAUCAUGAAACGUCUGCUGCUCUUAACUCUCCAUCCUUAAAUUUAAUUAAGACUGAACCUCAGUCGACAGCAGUGAGCCCUUCAGAAACACCGGAAACCUUUGCCAGUCCUCACUUUGGAUCCAUCACAACAGUAAAGACCGAGCCUCAUGUGACGUUAAUAAAGUCAGAUAUGACUUCACCUCCAGGCACUUCAAAGCCUUUCCGAAUUGAAUGCAUUGCAUCUAUUAAGACUGAACCUCUGCUGAGAGCAUUGACUCCUCAGAUGUCUUUGCUUGAAAGAGAUUCAGAAAAGUCAAGCAACCUUCAUUCAGAUCACGAAGCAACAAGUAACACUACACUAGCUUUUCCUGAAAUCCUGAGAACUAAAUCAGCAUCAAUGGAGACUGAUCCUCAAGUGCCACUAGUGACCUGUUCAGAAAUGUCUUCGUCUUCAAGCUAUUCAGAACAAAUGGAAAUCGAUGCCUGUGACUAUAUAACAAACAGAGAAACGAACCUGACUGAGCCCGAGUUGAAGACAGAAGUGGCAUCACUGUUGAGCAGUUGUGAAGAAGCCGAAACUAAUGCCAGCCGCGAUUCCUCAGAUAAGACUGAAAAGUUAAAAACAAGGGGCAAAUCUGUAACAAAGAGCGGUUCAAAGACAAGGCUGAGAUCUUCAAAAAAAACUGUGCCUGUAGGCAGCACUUCAAGCCCGCAAACGGAAACAACAACAGUGCAAUCUCCUGCAGAAAGUAAUGAUGAUCGCUCUGAAACCGAGGAAUUCUCCGUUAGUCCUGCUGACAGUGAUUAUGAACCUCCUGAGUCACAGUCGGAGUCAUUGUCAGACAGUGAUUAUGAACCCCCUAAAUCAAAAUCAAAGUCAUCGAGAGACAGUGAUUGUGAACCACCUACAUCAAAAUCGGAGUCAUCGAAAGAGAGUCAUUUUGAACCCCCUAAAUCCCAAUCAGAGUCAUCGAGAGACAAUGAUUUUGAACCCUCUAAGUCACAAUCUGAGUGUAACACUGUCGAUGAUGCUGAUGAUGCCAGCAGCAACGGUGCUUCUGCAGAACCUGCCAGUCCUGACGGAAGUUCCAAGUCUUCAUCCAGUGAGUCCUCCAAGCAGCAAGAACAUAAAGAGAUAAAACUUAAAGUUGGCAUGGCAGUUUUGGCAAAAAGGUCACACAACUUGUGGUGUAAAGGAACAGUACAAGACGUCCAAACAGAAGAGCAUGGCCUCAGGUAUAAGGUGGAAUUUAAAAAUGGUGAAGAGUUUGUUCUGCCUGCGUAUCAUGUGGCCUCUCUGCAGCCUCCUGUACUUAAGGAUUUGUUUAUCGGCUGUCGUGUUGUGGCCAGCAGCACAGAUGAUGGAGGCAAGACCUCGUAUAAUGCUGCCGUGUUGGUUGAGCUUCCUGAGCGCAAGAAUCGCAUGAGGUUCUUGGUGUUUUAUGAUGAUGGUCAUGCAGCUUACCUGGCACUUCCAGACCUUCAUCUUGUCUGCAGACAAUUAAAAAAGGUGUGGAAGGACAUUGAGGAUGAGACAUUGCAGUUGCAGGUGAAGGAAUAUCUCAGUGUCUAUCCCAACCCCAUUGCUGUGGUGCUUCGAGCGGGGCAAGACACAAAAGCGAUACGGAAUGGAAAGUUUGAGGCCUGCACGGUGCUCCAGUUGGAUGGCAGCCUGAUCCAGAUCUGCUUUAAGAAAGACAAGCAGAAAGAGUGGAUUUAUAAAGGAUCAGACAAGUUGGAACAUAUCGUAAAUAUUAAGAAACGUCUGUCUAAAGAUAAACCACAAAAAAGCCACACGCAACAUGAACCACAACAAACGUCUCAACAACAACCACUGCAACAACAACCGUCUCAACCGAAAACACAGCAGCAACAACAACCGUCUCAACCGAAAACACAGCAGCAACAACAACCGUCUCAACCGAAAACACAGCAGCAACAACAACCGUCUCAACCGAAAACGCAGCAGCAGCAGCAACCGUCUCAACCGAAAACGCAGCAGCAGCAGCAACCGUCUCAACCGAAAACGCAGCAACAACAACCGUCUCAAACGAAAACGCAGCAACAACAAACGUCUCAACCGAAAACGCAGCAGCAACAACCGUCUCAACCGAAAACGCAGCAGCAACAACCGUCUCAACAGAAAACGCAACAGCCUGCUAUAACAGGAAAUGCCACACCUCAGCGCAACACAACCUCCUCCUCUUUGACAGCAGUUCCCUCAGCAACUCUUACUUCAACGACUGUCACCUCAACAGCUGUAUCUCCUGUUCGGGUCACCCGACGUUCUGAUACAGUCGCCAAAACAUCAUCCGUUAGUCCUCAAAUGAUCAUGUCAGCUGCCUUCCAGCCAAAGGUCAUCCUCCAGAGGUUGUCAGUCUCAAAUUUAAGAAGUGCAAAACGACCUGUCCCUGAUGAGGAAGAAGAGAAUGUUUCUGAGGGAAAAGGUUGCGUUUCAAUGAAACCCCAGCAAAAAUCUGUAUACCUGCAUCAUCGUUGUUGUCCAUCGUGUCUGGAUGCGGUGAGACCGUCUGAAGUUGACAUGCAUCUUGGUCAAAAUCCACUUCUUAUACCGCUGCUUUUUAAGUUUCGGCGAAUGACAGCUAGAAGGCGCAUCGAUGGAAAGGUGUUUUUUCACAUUUUCUAUCGUUCUCCUUGUGGGCGGGGCCUGUGCGACAUGCGGGAAGUGCAGGAAUACUUGUUAGAAACUCGUUGUGACUUCCUUUUUCUGGAAAUGUUCUGCAUGGACCCGUUUGUACUUGUGAAUCGAGCCCGACCUCCUUCUACAUCAACCGGCACGCCUCACCUUUAUCUGCAGGACAUAUCAGAGGGCAAAGAGGUGUUGCCGGUGCCCUGUAUUAAUGAAGUGGACAAUACUCUUGCUCCUAACAUCAGUUACACCAAAGACAGAGUUCUAGCUCCGGGCGUUUCAAUCAAUACCAGUCCAGAUUUCUUGAUUGGCUGUGACUGCACAGAUGGCUGUCGGGACAGGUCAAAGUGUGCAUGCCACCAGCUGACCAUUGAGGCCACGUCCCUAUGCAAUGGAGGUCCAGUGGAUAGUAGUGCUGGAUACACACAUAAGAGAUUGCCAACCACUUUACCAACAGGGGUGUACGAGUGUAAUUCUCUGUGCCGUUGUGAUCCGAGGAUGUGCAGCAACAGGCUGGUUCAGCACGGCCUGCAGCUGCGGCUGGAGCUCUUCAUGACACAGCACAAGGGAUGGGGUAUCCGCUGCAAAGAUGAUGUGGCCAAGGGCACGUUUGUGUGUGUUUUCACUGGGAAAAUAGUAAACGAAGACCGAGUGAAUGAAGACGACACGGUGUCUGGCAAUGAUUAUUUGGCCAACCUUGACUUCAUUGAGGGUGUGGAGAAAGUGAAAGAGGGUUAUGAAAGCGAGGCGUACUGCUCGGACACAGAGGUCGAAGCCAACAAGAAGACCAUAACAAUGAAAACAGGGCCUUUAUGGAAAAACACUAUAUAUCAAGAAGAGUCUAGCAGUGGUGAAGAAAGAGAAGAACUUAUGGAACUCGACACAGAACAAGAGAAAAUAGGAGUGAAUCACGGGUACUCCGGUGAGAGAAAGCUAUCCCAUAAGACACAUGAAAGGUUUAAAGAUGCUCAGAAGAAUGUGAAACAAAUGAGAGAGGACGGUGAAGGAACCUCGGGUCCAAAGCGUUGCUUUGCCAUAAAGUCAUUCCAAAGAAGAGUGAAACCUCUAGAAACCUCGGAUGCAAAGAAUGAGAAAAUGAGGAAAGCUGUAACUGGCAACAACACCCGCAGACUGUUCAACGGCGAAGAGACCUGUUACAUCAUUAAUGCUAGACAAGAGGGCAACCUCGGCCGCUUCAUCAACCAUAGCUGCAGUCCAAAUUUGUUUGUUCAGAACGUCUUUGUCGACACACACGACCUACGGUUUCCAUGGGUGGCUUUCUUCGCCAGCAAGCGCAUCAAGGCUGGUACGGAGUUGACGUGGGAUUAUAACUAUGAGGUUGGCAGUGUGGAGGGGAAGGUUCUGCUCUGCUGCUGUGGCUCUUUGCGGUGCACAGGAAGGCUGCUCUGAUUUGCUGCAUUCAACAACAAAAAAAACACUAAAAACUCUUCUAGAGGUGUUAUCACUGUAAACCGCUUUACCAAGCCAUCAUAAACGGUUGUGGCACUGUUCUGGAAAAGCAUUCCAUUAAUGACCCAUUGUAUAUGAAAACUAUAACAAAAUAUAUUAAAGUUUGUGUCA